CAAAGACACUCUGAUGCAAGUCCUAAUAAUCCUGCAUGAUGAUCAUAAUUUCACUGAAACUUACUCUAACCAUGUGUUUUGGCUGCUUAGCUGCAGGUCCCAAUAAUUUAACAGUCACCCAGACACCACAGAGAAUACAUCUAUCAAUUGGAGACUACGCUGAAAUUGCCUGUAUUUGGGAAAAAUCUGCUGUGAGGUAUAGAGUAAGCUGGUAUCUUGUUAAUAAAGAGAACAUCACCAAAACUGUAUCAUCAACACUUCUUUAUGUAUCCAACAUCACCCAUGAAAGCGAGGAUGUACUAGUGAUAAAAUCUGCCAAUGUAAAUCACGCUGGAUUUUACUACUGUGAGAUAAUUAUUGAAAUACCUUUCUAUAAGAAAGCAUGUGGAAAUGGGACAACAGUGAUUGUUGAAGAGAAAGAAACUCACUCAUUGAAAAAAGGAGAUCUGGCAAUAUGGGCUAUCAUUCCUUUCUUAGUGGCAGUGGGAAGCUUAUAUCUUUGCUACAAAAAAAAGCAGCACUCAAAACGUUCUGGUUCUGCACAACUUCCUGUGCCGGCCAGAAAGCAUCAGGAGGAGGAGAUGCUCGAGGCUGCAGAACUUCACAGGAGAAAUGUAUCCACCAAUGAAGCAGCUGAGGAAAACACAUCAUGCAAUUCUGUUGAAUGGGCUGUGUCUACACUUUAUGAAUCACUAGAUUCAUUUUUGAAAUGAAUCAAGAGGAAAAGAUGACAAAUCCACUGUGACUAUUGUACCCAAUGGAGCAGAUGAGCUAAUUCUACAAACUAGGGCAGCUGAAAAGUCUAGGACAAGAACCCACUGCCUACUUUGGCAUUAUUCAGAACUAAAAGGACGAUAUAAUUAAACAAUAUAUGGUUAAAUAACUAUGAAACUGAAAACAAUGUGAUAAUUUGCUGAUGAAGGAUGGAUUACAUGAGUUUCUUGUCAGAAGCAUGUCAGUGGGACAAUAUACAAGAAAAAAGAUUGGUUCCAAGCAGUCUCUGAAUGUUUUGUCACUAACAAAACACUGUAAGGGGUCUGAAUUUGGAGGGUAUGUCAUUUUAGAAGACUGUCUUCAACUCUUCCCCCUGCGUCCAGAAGCCAUAAACUAUAUAUUAUCACACUUCAAAAAAAUCUUCUGGACUGAACAAGAUUCUCCCAACAGAAGCAUUUCUUCAGGAAGCCCACGUAUAACUAUCAGAAGGUAGGGAAGAAGUGCACAUGAUGGUAAUCGUUUGACCAAAUAGACAGUACUACCCAUAGGAUGGAGUCUGAUCUCUGAAACUAUCAUCAGUGCUGACCACAUCAUAGCCAGAGUGGUUUGAAAGAAAGGAUUAUAUUCCUGUGGAAACGGACUGUUAGUGUUGAAGUGCUAAUUCAUUCACACACUAGGAAGAGUCUUCCAGAGAAGGUAGUCUCCUAUGCACAAUGAAAUACUAGGUUUAAAUGAAGCUAUAUAUAUAUAUAUAUUUAUUAUUAUUAUUAUUAAUAAUUAUUGUCUAACUGGUGAAGGAAGGAU